AUGAGCUACUACGGCAACUACUAUAGUGGCCUGGGCUAUAGCUAUGGUGGCCUAGGCUGUGGCUGUGGCUUUGGCUCUGGCUAUGGUGGCUGUGGUGGCUAUGGUGGCUGUGGUUACAGCUGUUACCACCCCCUGUGCUAUAGAAGAUACUGGUCCUGUGGCUUCUACUGA